AUGGAUAUCAUAAAUCCGACUAUCCAAACUACUAAUAGGUUCAGCUUAUUUACUGAACAAGAUAACUCAAUUCAAAAUCCCUCAAGAGUAACACCUCUACACACUUACAAAGCCAUCUACGUACAUGGAAAGAUAAAUCACGCCAAACUCCUCGACGUUCUUAAAGAAAAAUACAAUAAUGCUUUCCAAGCAAAAUUUAUCUCUAACAAACUUAAGAUUAUAUUUGCAAACGACUUUGCCGAAUUCAAAACUACUUUUCAGAAGGAAUAUCAGGAAUACCACACGUACACUGUUAGUGAAGAAAAAACAAUCACUGUAGCUCUUAAAGGUCUUAUAAAGCUUCCAGAAGCUAGAAUCUGUAAUAAUAUCAAAAAUCAAGGACUAAACUCCAUACAAUGCACAGAAAUCCCAAUCCAGGCAAAACAUCCGAUCUAUCGCAAAUCAACCAUGUCAGAUAUAUUGAAAACCAUAAAAAUCUACUGGGAAAAAUUCGAGUCGCACAAAUCCUAUACAAUGCUCACUUCAGCAAACUGCAACAAAAAAGCAGUCUGCGUUAAAUGUGCCGGACCACAUGAUUUUAGAAUUUGCACGAAACUUGAAACACCACCUAUCUGCGCUAACUGCAAGGGAAACCAGCAAACUUUUCAAAAUGUUCUGCUCUCCUAG